UUCGUUUUCGUGCCGCUUCAUCUUCUCGAUUUCUCUCCCUUUCGUUCGCCGUGCCUGGCUUCGAUAGUCCAAUAUUCAACACCCGAAUCCGAUGCACCGAAUGAUUUUUCGAAGUUGCUCUCGGGACCGAAGGGCUCGUCGGCUCGAGCACUCUUAAUCAGCGAAUUGCGUUCGGACCGCUUUUUUUUGAGCUUCGUUCCCCUUGUGGUUUUUAAGAAGAAGACAAAAUGCCGGCUGUGAGAGGAGAUGGAAUGCGUGGACUGGCUGUGUUCAUUUCUGAUAUCAGGAAUUGUAAAAGUAAAGAAGCAGAAAUCAAGAGAAUAAACAAAGAAUUGGCAAACAUUCGGAGUAAAUUUAAAGGAGAUAAGCCAUUAGAUGGUUAUCAGAAAAAGAAAUAUGUUUGUAAGCUCCUUUUUAUUUUUCUCCUUGGUCAUGAUAUUGACUUUGGCCAUAUGGAGGCUGUCAAUUUACUUUCAUCCAAUAAGUACUCAGAAAAACAAAUUGGAUACCUUUUCAUAUCAGUUUUAGUAAAUACAAAUAGUGAUCUCAUUAAGUUGAUAAUUCAGAGUAUAAAGAAUGAUCUUGCAUCCCGUAAUCCAAUUCAUGUUAAUCUUGCUCUUCAAUGCAUUGCCAAUAUUGGCAGUAAGGAAAUGGCUGAAGCUUUUGGUAAUGAGAUACCAAAAUUACUUGUAUCUGGAGAUACUAUGGACGUAGUGAAACAAAGCGCGGCACUGUGCUUGUUAAGAUUAUUGCGUACAGCGCCAGAUGUUGUCCCUGGAGGAGAAUGGACUUCGCGUAUAGUUCAUUUAUUGAACGACCAACAUCUUGGUGUUGUCACCGCGGCAGCAUCCCUAAUCGAUGCUCUUGUAAAAAGAAAUCCAGACGAAUACAAGGGAUGCGUUAGCUUGGCAGUCUCAAGAUUGAGCAGGAUUGUGACAUCAAGCUACACAGACCUACAGGAUUAUACAUAUUAUUUUGUGCCAGCACCAUGGUUGUCCAUUAAAUUACUGCGAUUACUGCAGAAUUACACUCCGCCUGCCGAGGAUCCAGGUGUGAGAGGCAGAUUAAAUGAGUGUCUAGAAACCAUACUGAACAAAGCGCAGGAACCACCGAAAUCAAAGAAAGUACAGCACUCAAAUGCAAAGAACGCGGUGUUAUUCGAGGCGAUUAGUUUAAUUAUACACAACGACAGCGAACUGCCUUUAUCGGUUAGGGCGUGCAAUCAACUUGGCCAAUUUCUUUCAAAUCGCGAGACUAAUCUUCGCUACCUGGCUCUGGAGUCCAUGUGUCACCUGGCCAGAUCCGAGCUUUCGCAUGACGCUGUAAAAAAGCACCAAGAGGUCGUUAUCCUUUCUAUGAAAAUGGAGAAGGACGUAUCCGUUAGGCAACAAGCUGUUGACCUCUUGUACGCUUUGUGCGACAAGAGUAACGCGGAGGAGAUAGUACAAGAGAUGUUGAACUAUCUUGAAACGGCCGACUAUUCGAUUAGAGAAGAGAUGGUGCUAAAGGUUGCAAUUUUGGCUGAGAAGUACGCUACCGAUUAUACUUGGUACGUUGACGUGAUAUUGAAUCUCAUUAGGAUAGCUGGUGACUACGUAUCGGAGGAAGUAUGGUACAGAGUCAUCCAGAUAGUCAUUAACAGAGACGACGUGCAAGGAUACGCGGCGAAAACUGUGUUCGAGGCUUUGCAGGCACCAGCUUGUCACGCAAAUAUGGUCAAAGUUGGUGGUUAUAUACUUGGCGAAUUUGGAAAUCUCAUUGCUGGCGACCAACGUUCAUCCCCAGCCGUACAAUUUCAGUUACUACAUUCCAAAUAUCAUUUAUGCUCCUCAAUGACUCGAGCAUUGUUGUUGUCGUCGUAUAUCAAAUUCAUUAAUCUGUUCCCUGAAAUGAGAAGCCAGAUACAAGAUGUGUUUCGACAACACAACAAUUUGCGUAGUGCGGACGCGGAACUGCAACAGAGGGCUUCGGAGUACCUGCAACUAAGUAUUAUUGCAUCCAGCGAGGUUUUGGCUACCGUUUUGGAAGAAAUGCCCGCAUUCCCGGAAAGAGAAUCCUCUAUUCUCGCGGUGUUGAAGAAGAAAAAACCUGGCCGAGUGCCUGAAAACGAAAUUAGGGAAAGUAAAAGUCCUGCGCCGAAUGCCAACCAUCACGCAGAAGCGCCUGCAGUCGCUGCAGGAACUGUUAACAACACAUCAGCAGAUUUGUUAGGUCUUUCCACACCGCCAUCUUCUCAGCCAGCCAGCAAUACAGGUGUGCUACUGGACGUGCUGGGAGACAUCUAUAAUAUGUCGAACAAAGUCGGUGCUACAAACGGUGCCCAAAACACGUACAAUCCUAAAAAGUUCGUUUGUAAAAACAAUGGUGUCCUAUUCGAAAGCGAUCUGAUUCAGAUCGGAGUAAAGUCGGAAUUUAGGCAAAACUUGGGACGCGUCGGUCUGUUCUACGGCAAUAAGACUCAAUAUGCUCUUCACAGUUUUCAAACUCAGCUCUCCUGGACGGAGGAGAACCAAGCGAAACUAGCCGUGCAAGUAAAGCCAGUUGAUCCGGUGCUGGAGGCUGGCGCUCAGAUACAGCAAAUGAUUAACGCGGAAUGUAUCGACGACUAUGGCGAUGCGCCGAGUAUGCUCAUAUCUUUCAUUUACAACAACGUGCCACAAAAAAUUACGAUGAAACUACCAUUGACGAUCAACAAAUUCUUUGAACCGACGGAAAUGAACGGGGAAUCGUUCUUCGCGCGAUGGAAAAACCUCGGAGGAGCCAAUCAACAGCGUUCGCAAAAGAUCUUCAAGGCUCAACAACCAAUAGAUCUCGCGCAGGUACGCACGAAACUGCAAGGAUUCGGAAUGCAGUUGCUCGACGGUAUCGACCCUAAUCCUGAUAAUUUCGUCUCCGCGGGUAUAGUACACAUGAGGGCACAACAAGUAGGAUGUUUGCUACGUUUGGAACCUAAUAAACAAGCACAGAUGUUCCGUUUAACGGUGCGUUCGAGUAAGGAGUCGAUGUCAGUAGAGAUCUGCGACCUGCUGGUGGACCAAUUUUAAACGGCCUAGCAGGCGUGAAACUAUUCUAAGGUACCAUUAAACAAAAAGAAAAAAAAACACACAGAAACGCCGUGGGAAGACAUAUCGUGAUUAUAAAAGGAUGUCGUCUCUCGACGUUCGAGAAAGAUACUGAUGAUUACUUGUUAAGAGAUAUUCGUUGUACCCAAGCUUACGCUCACAGCGCGGUCGUAAGAACUGAAUCCCUUGUGUAGACGAAGCGUUGUUACCACAUAUAAUCCCGAAGACAAAACGCAAGGCAUAGGAUUUCGCCGGAAAAAAAACCAUACACAGGUACACACAAUACACAAUCAACGUUAUCGCGUAUAAUUAUCGCAUAUAAUUGCGUGCAUGAAAAGCAAAAUGAAAACGAAAAAAAAAAUGAAACGUCAAACCAAACAACGUAUGCAAUGUCCACAAAAGCGCGUGGACCACAUUGGUCUACGAGCGAAGGUAAUUGACUAUAAAGAUUACCUUUGUCAUCUUCUUCUCUCUUUUCGUUUGAAAUUCAACCUUAGCGGAGGUUAUCCAAUGACGUAUCGAUGUUUCUGCCACGAGUAUUAGCAAACUAUGUUCGGGGACAGCAUCCGAUUAUCGACACAGAUUUUUUACAAGAGAUUUCUAAUCAAGUACUCGUUCGUUCUUUUUUGUAAUCAGUUUUACACACCGAGCUGCAUCGCCUCCAGCGAUUCCAUUGUUAUCGGCCCGCGCAGUUGCGUUCUCGUGGCGCGCUCCUCCAUCUACUUCGUUUCGUACCGACUUCGGUUUCUGAGAUUAUUAUAAUUAACUAUCAUUGUUGCGUCGGCGAGAGUAAAUUUGGGCACGAUGA